AUUUGAGGUUAUUUUCUUUGCUGAGUAAAGUAGUCUGUGGUCAUAAUUCACUGGCAUUAGAUGGAUUUAUUUAAAAUGGAUAUUUGAUUGUGGAGUUGGUGGUGUAAGAUAUAUCGUAAGAAGACAAGUCAUCGUCAUGAUAACAGCUCUAUGCUGAUUUCUAGCUGAAGACAUACCUGAGAGCUGCUACUGUUAUUACAACAUGACGUCCAUGUUUGACCAAUAUGAGCAAGCCUCCCAGCGGUUCAAAGGCACAGCAGGUUCAUCUGUUCGACCUGAGAUGAGCACGACAGGAUUUAUACAUAUGAAGCUAGAGGAAGAGCCCCCAAUUUUCAGCAAACAGAAGGUCAACUUCUCCCCAACAGAUCGCAUCACCCAUCUUGCAGUAAGCAGUGAAUUGCUCGUGCUUGUCAUGGCAAACAAUGUUCUGCUUAGGAUAGAUCUUCGACAGCCCGACAAGCCUCAAGAAAUCGAGCUUGGUAAAUAUAUGUCACAUUUGAGACUAAGUGAUGUCUUUUUGGACCCUUUGGGGCAUCAUUUGUUGCUGAGCUUGUCCUCCAGAAACACAGAGGCUUUAGCAGAACUUCUGUACCUCUCCCGCAAGACCAGUAAACUAAAACAGCCGAGCAAGUACAAAGGGCAUGAAGUAACAGCUGUGGGGUGGAACUUUGGAAAUGACUCUGACAUUACCACUGGUCCUAUCCUGCUUGGUACCUCAAAGGGACUGAUAUUUGAAACUCAGAUUGCCCAGGAUGGAGAUGGAAUCUUCCAGUCAAGUUUGGAACAGUACUGGAGACAGCUGCCGAGUUACCUGCCACUGUAUGGAGCUCGGGACGUAGAUGGUCUGGUAUUUGACAUAGGUAAAGGGAACAGCACAUCAAUUACAGGGCUGCAGUUCCACCGUGUCCCUGGCUCAGAGAAAUAUUUUGUGCUUGUAACAACUCCAAACCGGCUUUACCAGUUCAUCGGUUAUGUGACUAAAUCUGAUGAAAAACCACUCUUGCAACAAAUCUUCAAUAGCUAUCUUAAUGUUCCAGAGGGCUUUCAGGAUAUCCCAAGUUCUCUGAAGUAUUCCAAACUGCAGUUCUAUUACCCAAACCCAAAGGGACUACCAAAAACUUUUGCUUGGCUAACAGAACCAGGGAUUUUCUAUGGACAGCUGGAUACAAAUGGCCAGAAUUCUGUUGUGACAAACAGCCAGCUGCUGCAGUACCAUCCACCAAAUUCAGGUGCUCCGCUUGCAUUUGUGAUCACCGAGUUUCACGUCCUCCUGUUGUAUGCCGACCAUGUGAAGGGCAUUUCCCUCCUGAAUCAUGAGCUUGUGUUUGAAGAUGUUUACAGUGAGUCAUUUGGGAAGCUGGUGAACAUCACACAGGAUCCUGUUAAGGGCACGAUUUGGGCGUUUACAGAGAAGGCGGUUUUCCGAUACAAUUUUUUAUGGCAGGUGUAUGUGGAGAAGGGCGAAUUUGAGCUUGCCAAGCAGUACUGUAAGGACAAUCCUGCACACAUGGAUCAGGUGCUUGUCAAGCAAGCUGAAAUGUACUUCACCAACAAACUAUAUGAGAAGAGUGCUGUGCAUUAUGCAGAGACGCAGUCAUCAUUCGAGGAAGUUACUCUUAAGUUUCUGCAGGUGUGGCAGAUUGAGGCACUAAAAACGUUCCUGAAGAAGAAGCUGGAGGGCCUGAAACAUCAGGACAAAAUGCAGAUAACAAUGAUUGUCAUUUGGGUGAUUGAAUUGUUUUUGAAUCAGCUGGGCACACUGCGAGAUGAAGGGAUGAAGAAUACCAAUGAAUACAUUAGUCUGCAGAAAGAGUUGGACGCUUUCCUUGCUCGCCCACAGGUCAUGGAAUGUGUGAAGAAUAACCGAGGCACAAUAUAUGACCUGAUGGCGAGUCACGGAGAUAAGGACAACCUCAUUAAGCUGACCAUAAUCAACAAGGAUUUUGAACGAGUCAUCCGUCAUCACAUCCAUAAGAACAACUAUUUAGAAGCUCUGGAUGUACUGAAGAGUCAAAACCGGAAGGAACUGUUCUACCACUUUGCUCCGGCUCUGAUGCAGUUUGUACCAAAACAGAUGGUCAGUGCUCUCAUCAGUCAGGGAAGAGGUCUUAGUCCUGCCAAACUGUUGCCUGCACUUGUCACGGUUGAUGAGUACCAGGCUGGAGAAGCAGUCCACUACCUGGAGUUCUGUGUACAGACACUGGGAUGUCAGCAGCAGGCCAUACACAAUUACCUUCUCUCACUGUAUGCACGCUUCAAGCCUCAAAGCCUCAUGAACUAUCUGGCAAUGCAGGGUCAGGAUGCCAGCAUGGUGUCUUAUGACAUCCAUUAUGCACUGCGUCUGUGUCAGGAGAAAAACCUCACUGAAGCUUGUGUGCAGCUGUCAGCCCUUCUGGGACUGUGGGAAUCAGCAGUUGACCUUGCACUUACCAUUGAUGUGAAGCUGGCUACGCAGACUGCUAGUUUACCGCAAAAUGACCCUGAACUUAGAAAGAAACUCUGGCUGAAGAUUGCCAAACACGUGGUGCGGGAGAAGGACGACAUCCAGCAGGCGAUGCAGUUUUUGCAGCAGUGUGAACUCAUCAAGAUUGAAGACAUCCUGCCAUUCUUCUCAGACUUUGUCACCAUUGACCACUUCAAGGAUGCCAUAUGCACUUCUCUUCAGGAGUACAAUCAACACAUCCAGGAUCUCAAGGAAGAGAUGGAGGAGGCAACCAAGUCAGCACAAGUCAUCAGGGAGGAAAUACAGGCAUUCAGGAACAGGUACGCGUCUGUACAGGCACGAGACGCGUGUUCUGUGUGUGACCUGCAGCUGCUGAUGCGACCUUUCUAUCUGUUCCCCUGUGGUCACCACUUCCAUUCUGACUGCCUUCUAACUGAACUGAAUCCUAUGCUGCCACCAGGCAAGAGGAGCAAACUGCGAGACCUGCAGAGGCAGUUGGCCACGUUUUCAGCGCGGGAUGACAAUGUGUCUGUGGGAUCAGCUACGAUGUCAGCACGAGACCAGAUCAAGUGUGACAUUGACAGCAUCAUCGCCUCUGAAUGUCUGUACUGUGGUGAGAUGAUGAUCAGAGCAAUCGAUCAACCAUUUAUAGAAGAUGAAGACUAUGAGCGGGUGAUGAAAGAAUGGGAAUGAGAUACGCUGCGGCAGCACAGUUUUAUCUGUAUUCCGCAUCAGCAUUUGAACCUGGUACAUGCAUCCAUGUUACCAUGAUAUUAGCUUGCAGUAGGCUUAUAAGUGUAUUUUGUAUAUAUUUUGUACAGUCGACGUAAAGGAGGAGCUCAGCUCGAAAGUGUUCAAUAAUUGAUGUACAUUCCUUUUAAAUAAUUAGAUUUGUUUUCAUUUUCAGUGUUCCAAAAUCCCCACUUUCUACUGUUAAAUCAGCAAUAUAAAAACUGGAGAUGGAGGAAUAUAAUUGAAAGUGUAUUUUUCCUACAAAGCAGUUAACCCAUUGCCAUAUUAAGUUCUUGAAAAUUAAACCAAAGAUCUGAAAAUA